AUGGGGCAGAAUGAAGUCCUCGAGGCAGAACUGGAACGGAAGUGGCCUUCUCCAUUUGGUGAGAGCGAAAUACGCAUAGACCAGCCCGCCACCCUCGUGGACAUGCACGGACGCAUCUUGGCUUGGAUACUUCCAAGAGUGUUGAUACCAGACCGCCAGACGAAGAUGCUCCAAGCGACCAGGGCCCUACACCCAGCAAUAGCAGCCAGUAAGCCUUCCAGCACCACCGCCAGUUGGCGACACAACUCGUUGUACUUCUUGCCUCCUGAGGAGUGUGCCCAAUUCCCAGUGGGCUCCUUGUGUCUCUCGCCAGGUUGGUUCCAACAAGUAAGAGAGCAUAUGGAGUCUGGGAGGCUGGAGACCUCCACCAGCCUGAAGCUUGAGGGUGGAAGAAGUUGGCUGCAUGAUAUUCAUGACUCCUCCGCAUUGCUGGGCACCAUCCUGGCUGUCGUUCACCCAACACUAUAUGCCGCAGGAUGCCAGUGCUUGGGUUUGAUCCAGCAAGACCCAGAAUUGCGAGAGAUGGCGCUGAACUGGUCGUCGCCAUUCAAUGCGCUCCAGGUGAUCGCCAACCGGGAAACUCCUUUCCAUCGAGAUAGCAAGACAAGAUACACAUUCUAUGACCUGUUGGCGACGUUGGGCAACUACACUUGCACGUGGUUGAAGUUCCCCGCCAUGCGUGUCGCCAUCGAUUAUAGUCCUGGAACUGUCAUAGCCUUCUGUGGAAAGGCGAUUCAUCAUGGCGUCACUCGAGCAGAUGGUGAAAGGCUCAUCUAUGCAUACUUCAUGCGAGAGGGUGUCCAGAACAGGCUAGGCAUUCCGGCGCCCCACUGGAUGCAAGCUUCAUAUUACGCCUCACACAUUGGCAUGUGCACAGUUCAUCACCGAAGGGACAUCAUGCCAAAGACUGAUGGAGAUGAGAACACUAUGCAGGGGAUGGAGACUGUUGAUGGCAGCUUCAUUGGCGAGACAAAGUUGGCGGAGGUGAUGGCGAAAUCUCAAGGUGUAGUUAUCACUGAUGGCAGUGUAUGGUUGGCGGACCUCGAAGUUGGCGGAGAUGGUGGCGAAAUGUGUUCAGUCGAGAAGUUACGCAACAAAAGCAGGCUCGUUGUAGACCUGGAUGACGAGGUUGAGUUUGUGACCAAGGUAGCUAAGCAGACCACUAGAGGAGUACACCAUGUGGACGUACCUUUGCCCAUGCCCAUGGGUUCAAAUGUGCCAUCACCUUCCAAAAGUCCAUCGAAGGCUCCAGCUUCAGGCUCCUUGUUUAACUUGGAUGAUGGCGACGUCCUGGGCAACAUAGGUGUGCCGAUUCAGCUGGAUCCGGCGGCUCGGAAGACAAAGACCCAGAAUGACUUCAUGAGGGACUGGAUACCCCACCGUGAUGACUAUCUUCAUGCCAUUGUCGAGAUGAAAGCCCCGCCUGAGCCCAGAAACUGUGCGGAAUGCAAGGUUGGCGAGGGACGGUGGCGAUGCCUGGACUGUAUGGGCAGACCGCUUACCUGUACCGACUGCUGUCGUAAUGGCCAUCAGCGUGCUCCUUUCCAUCGGAUAGAGCAUUGGCAGGGUCAGUAUUUUGAGCCGGCAUCACUGUAUCGGGUUGGCGUCUGCAUCCAUUUGGGGCAUGGCGGAGAUCCCUGCCCUCUGGGCACCUUCACAGCACAUAACAACCCUGCGCCGGUGAUGGCCCCGGGGUCCAAUUUCUGGAAUGCCUCUAAUGAAGACCUAAAUGCACAUGAUGGCAAGGUCUCAGAUGAUGGCGAGGUCCCAUUCAACUUUGCACCUCUGGCAGGCACCCUUGACGGUGAAGCAAGGCAAACCGACGAUGCUCCCGAUCCCACUUGGGAGGAAGAUGUGCCACCGGUGCUCUCCCGGCCACCUCGCCGUGAUAGUUAUGGGAAUCAGAUCAUAGUCAUUGUCGACAUCUCUGGCAUUCACCAUAUCGGCGUUGACUGGUGCCAGUGUGAGAUGGCAGUGGAGCGUGACAUGCAGCUUCUUCAAAUGGGACUUUACCCUGGUACCGUCAAGGAUCCCCAUACCGCCUUCACAUUCGCCGUCCUCAACGAUUUCCUUCUGGAGAACAAAGAGUGCAAGAUGGCGGCAUUGAACUACUACAGCAAGCUCAAAUGGGUCACGAGCAAUGCCUUCCCUGGCACUGUUCCCAUAAGUGUUCACAUGCAUUCCCAUGGCCCAACCAUUCAUGCCAGUUCCUCGCCAGGACCGUUAUCCUUCUCACAUGAUGCCCUCUGUCCUGUGGAGAAGGGUGGCCUCGCCAUCUUUUGUCCCGCCUGUCCCCAGCCUGGGCUCAACCUGCCUUUUGAUUGGCAAGCGGAUCCAGUGCAGUGGAAGUUCAAAUGCGGCUUUGUCAUGGAUGGAAAUUUCAGUGCAGAGCACAUGAAGAUGAAGCACCCCGAGGAGGACGUCGCCCUCAGUGAUGGCCAGGCAUUCAUGGUCGGCCAAGAGGAUUACAAGGCUCAUCUGGCGGUGGCCAUGGAGUCGCAUCAGUGCUCCACUUGUCAUGAGCACCGCACUGUCAAUCAGGCCAAUGUGGAUCGCGCCAACCUCGACGCCACAGGAAUCGGGGCCACUGCUUGCGCCAGACAUGGUUUCUUCGUCCCUCAUACUGUCGUCGAUUUCCAGAAGGGAGAAAGACAAAUGAAUAUGGAUUACUCUCUCAGCAAUGCGCUCCUGACCCUCACCGGUAUCACCCUCGUCCUCAUCAUGUACGACAUCAUGUGCCAGUAUGGCGUCCAUGUCCGCAAACGUUUCCACCACAGCGCCUAUCUGAGGAUGCCCUUCGAGCUCAAGGUAGACCAAGGCAUCGGCUUGUUUCAUGUGCACGGACACCAAGAUUGCUGCUUCCAACGGUUCUCACCCAACUUUAUAGUUGGCGCUGGUAUGGUCGAUGGCGAGGUCAUCGAGACCCUGUGGGCACCGACAAAUGAGGUCUCAGGCAGUACCAGGGGCAUGACCCAAGCUCAUCGCCAAGAAGUCCUUGACGAUCACAUGAAUGACUCCAACUGGAAGAAGACGACUCGCAUGGUGCCAACCUUGAUGAUAAAGUGGAAAUGCAUGCUCCUGGGCUUCCCACGAAGCAAGGAGUCCUUUGAAGCUUUAUCUGCAUCCACAGAUGAGGAUGUCCUUGAGGCAUGGCAGAAGGAGUAUGACGAUGCUAUGGAGGCUCGCCAAAAUGAUCCGAAGAUCAUGAACACCUUCGAUGUCCAGCUUAUGAAGGGUAAAGACCUCACCCAACUCAGACUGGCGGGCGAGGAGUCUGCCAAGGGCUUGGAGAAGGGCACCGCCGGAUGGUUGUCGACUGGCCUCAAAAUUCAAGAAGCACAGCUUAAGCUUGCGAAUGAUAUCCGCAAGGCGGGUCAAAAUCCGAGCGUGGCGGAGGACCUCAAGACUCUCGAGCGCCGUCAGCGCCUCGAAGUCAGCAUUCUCACAUUCCAACAUCGCUCUGAGAAGUUCAUGAGAAGGUUGGAGGACGUUCCCGCCAUGGAAGAUCGUGACGAUGGUGCGCUCUGGGAUUCCUUGGAUGAGAAUCCUUUUCAAAUACACCCGGAGGACGCUGAGUAUGGCGAGGAUGCGAUUCCUCCCGAGCGAGCUUCCUUGAAUUUACCUUCGCAGAUAGGAUUUGUGGCCGCCGUCGCCAACGGGCUCCAGACCCUGGCGGCCCAAGAGUUGGAGUUGCGCAAAGGCCUGAUGAAUGACAUCCUCCACGAGCUUCACAUGGCGCUUGGACUGAAGUCUUACCUCUACCGCAAGAGGGUUCGUCCCGCCAACAGCGUCGGAACCAUGACCCGUGCACAGGCGGAGGUUCAUGCUGCCGAUCAGACCGUCUUGGCCUGCGUCAGGCUCUAUUUCGCCAACCGACGCACCAUUAUGCGCUUGGAUGCCACCGAUGAAGACUUGGCCCUCUAUCGCCCUUUGGAUAAGAAGGACCUGCACGUGAAGACUGCCGUCAUCGAGGCUAGCACCUCCGGGCUCAGGAACGUCAACCUGGCUUAG